CUCUACUCCACUCAUCACUCCAUCACUGGCCGACCUGAGAAAAGACUACCUGUGACUUGCCUACGACUACAGUUAACCAGCAAAAUCACCAUGAAGGUCCUGAGCAUCUCUGUAUUACUCUGUGUGGCCUUGACUCUAAGGGAAGCAGCAGGGCAGCAGCAGGCUGUGGCAGUGGAACAACUAAGCAUUGUUCCAGUUCUAGAGGAGGCUAAAGAGACUGGGCCACUGAAGCCACUGGGUGACGCUCCAAUGGAGACCAUAGUAGAACUGGUAGAAAACAAAGUAGAGCAUGCUCUACCUGAAGAAGGGGAAGCUGAGGCUGAUGCUCUUGCGCUGGUCCAAGCACCAGCGAUAAAGUUUUUGCACUGCCCUGAUGGUUGGUACCUACACCAGUCGCGCUGUUUCCUCUUUGUGAACUCAUACUUGCCGUGGCACAACGCAGAGGAACACUGCAACACUCUGCAUGCAAACCUGGCCUCCGUUCAGAACCCCCGACAGUAUCGCUUCCUGCAGCAGUUAACGACAAUGGCCAACCGGCACACCGCGUGGAUCGGUGGAUUCUAUCUCCAAGGCAGGUGGCUGUGGAUCGACCGUGUAGGAUUCUACUACGAAAACUGGUACACACACCUUGAUGUGGACCGCAACGCUUGCAUCCAUCUGCGCACCUCAGUGGGCUGGUCAAAUGCUCACUGUGGCACAGGUCUCCCAUUCAUCUGUGUGAAAAUGUCCUGUUAGUCAAGUUUGUGCUUCCUGCCAGCAGCAUGAUUUCAGUACGAUAAAGAAUUGUUAGUUGGUUGAUGUUGUUUCUAACUGCUUUCAGCAUUUUAGCGUAAUGAAUCCAGGCUGCAUCACAUCCGGCCGUGAUUGGGAGUCGUAUAGUGAGGCGCACAAUUUGCCCUGUCGUCCGGGUUUGGCCGGGGUAGGUCGUCAUUGUAAAUUCCAAUUUGUUCUAAACUGGCUUGCCGAGUUAAAGGUUCAAUAAAAAAAUAAAAAAACA